CGUGCGCGCUGCUCCCUGCGGCCGCUGCCGCCUGUAACCUGCGCCGCCAGGAUGUGGCUGGGGGCUGACGUCGGGUCCAGAUGUGGCCCCGGCCCCGCCCACCCCCGGGGCCGGUCCGCCCACACGGAGCCGCGGCGCGCACGGAGGCUGUCCCGCCUGCCACAAUGCACGGUGGAACUGCGACCGCCACUAGCAGGGGUCGUGCCUAACGUCGCCGCUCGAUAUCCUUAAGACAGGCCGGCUCUGACGCCGCACGCGGACCCUCCUCGUUGGAGCCCCCCAUGCGCUCACCCUUCAGUGCCCGGCCAGGGGGACGCGGAGCCGCGCGGGUGACGGCAGAAGCGGCUGCGCGCCCAGCCUAGCCCAGCCCAGCCGGAGAAGAGGGCGCGCCGCGCCCCCGCCCCCCGCCGCUCUCCCGAGGCCGUGGGUGCGGAUGCGCCGCUGACGACUCCGGCGAGAGCACCGAGCGUCCGAGCCCGCAGCAUGGCAGCCGCCGCCUAUGUGGACCACUUUGCCGCCGAGUGCCUCGUGUCCAUGUCCAGCCGCGCGGUCGUGCACGAGCCGCGGGAAGGGCCUGAGCCCCGGCCCGAGGGCGCGGCCGCCGCCGCCGCCGCCGCCGCCGCCCCCACACUGCCCCGCGUUGACGAGCGCCGCGACGGCAAGGACAGCGCCUCGCUCUUCGUGGUGGCGCGGAUCCUAGCGGACCUCAACCAGCAGGCGCCGGCGCCCGCCCCCGUGGAACGCAGAGAGGGGGCUGCCGCGCGCAAGGCGAGGACCCCCUGCCGCCUGCCGCCCGCGCCCCCUGCUCCGCCGCCCGGUCCAGCGGAGCCCGCCUCCCCGGGACAAGCAGGCGCGCCGGCCGCGCCCCCCAGCCCGGCGUGGAGCGAGCCCGAGGCGGUACUGGAGCCAGAACCGGGCCCCGCGGGGAGCGGCGAGCCCGGACUCAGACAAAGGGGUCGGCGGGGCCGGAAUCGCGCGGACCUCGAGUCCCCGCAGAGGAAGCACAAGUGCCACUACGCGGGCUGUGAGAAAGUUUACGGGAAAUCUUCGCACCUCAAGGCGCACCUGAGAACUCACACAGGUGAGAGGCCCUUUGCUUGCAGCUGGCAGGAAUGCAACAAGAAGUUCGCCCGCUCGGACGAGCUGGCACGGCACUACCGCACGCACACGGGCGAGAAGAAGUUCAGCUGCCCCAUCUGCGAGAAGCGCUUCAUGCGGAGCGACCACCUGACGAAGCAUGCACGCCGCCACGCCAACUUCCACCCGGGCAUGCUGCAGCGGCGCGGCGGGGGCUCGCGGACCGGCUCGCUCAGCGACUACAGCCGCUCGGAUGCCAGCAGCCCCACCAUCAGCCCGGCCAGCUCGCCCUGAGCGCCCGCGCCCGGACCGCGCCUCGCCCCUUUCGUAAUAGGAAAGCUGAGCGAACUUGAGAAGUCCCACAGCAAAACACUUUUCUUCACCUCAGGUGUCAAUUUUUAACAAAAAUGAAAAAAAAAUUUUUUUUUUUCUCAAAAAAAAAAAGAAAAAAAUACACCACCCACAAAUUGCACAAUAGAGCUAUCCACGAAGUUGAUAUUCAGCGGUGUUGAACCCCUCCCCCCCUUUCUCAGGGAUGGACGCGGUCCAUGAGGUCAGUGAGGACAUGCCUUUCUGCCGCCUUACUCUGUACAUAGAUUUGCACUCUGGAGUUUUCUGUGAGGUUGGGGAUCACGCUGGGGCAGAACAGGCCAUCUGGGAAAGACGUGGUCACUGACAUUGUGCUUUUUACAGCAGACUCCCAAAGGCCUGUGACCUCUCCUUACCUACCACUCAGUUGCGGUCCUCUGCCCGCUGGCCUGGCUUAGAGCACAGGUGGGCCUGAGGGACUGGCCACCUCACAGGGAUGUGGUAAGCCAUGACAGACCAUGGGAAGGAGCACUUGCCUGUGGAACUGUGGAGGACAGCUGCCUCCUAAGGCUGAUCUUGCCUGCCUACCUGCCUGACUUUCUACAUACAGAAAUCCUCAGAAAAAUGCAGGCCAGGUGCAAAUCCUGCCUGGAUUGGCACAUCGUUGCUGCCGACAACCCAGGAGGCGGUCUGGGCCCUGCCUGCCCUACAAGAAGGCGCCUGGGACCUGUCAACAUCACACCAUGUUCUCAGACUGGGAAAUAGUGCCCCGGGCACAUUGUGCUGAAACUGCUUCCCCCCCAAGUUGGUGUUGUUUUCUCCAGUUCCCUAAGCUCUCGUGCCCUGGGCCACUGUGAAGGCACUUCUGUUUGAAGCAGCGUACAGAACCAUCAUGCGCCCCUCUGCCUCUUCAGUUUCUGUGUGUGCCCCUGCGAGUGGCAGCACAAACACACCCCACCGGGGACUGCCGGUGGCGAAGGCAUUGGCAGGUGGAACUUCUCAGAGCAGUACAGCAGGUGUUAUGGGAGACGCUAUUAGAGAAGCAAGGAUUCUGCUUCUCUGGGGGACCUCACAGGAAAGUUGUGGGAAUCGCCCUCUCAGAACCUUGAACACAGACUUAGCAAAGCUACAGUGCCAGCCACACUGUUGCAUUUCCCCACGUUCCCUCCUGCUUCUGUCUGCCCUGACGGGGAGCACCCAAACCACACUCAGUCUGCAGUGUGGGUGGCGUCGGGGUCGGGGUCAGGGUCGGGUGGCCUGCUGGUAGAGCAGCAGGAGUAGAGGCCAGAGAAACUGCCCUGUUUCUCCUGGAGCCCAGACACGGGCUGCAAUUGGCUUCAGGUGCUGGGCCUCAUCAGCAAGACCAUGUUCUGGCUGCUUCUCUGCAGGUCCUGAGAGUGUCCAUCUACUCCCACCCUGCGGAGGCCCAGGCAGGCAUUUCCUCCCCUUCUCCCAAGAACUGGGGCCUAAGAACACAAGGCCCUAGGACUGCAUAUGUGUGUGUGUGUAUGUGUGUGUGUAUGUAAGUAUGUAUGUAUGUAUGUAUUGGGUGGGUGGGUUUGGGAUGGACUUGGUUUAUCUUACAGAGACCUCUCUUUAUUUUGAUGUGGAGGAUCAGCCCUUGUGACUCAAGAGGGCCGUAGAUGGGCUUCCUGGGCCCAGUGUGCCUUGGUUUUGGCCAUUCCGCCUCCACCCCAACCCUCAUGCAGCAAGGGGGUGUAGCGCAGGGAAAACCCAGAGACCAUGCCCAGCCAAGUCUGCAGUUUUUGGCUGUUGUCAUAUGGCUCCCACGUGGAUCUGGGGCAUCCCUUUCUAACUACCUGUGUCAGCUGUAAGAGGCUAAUGGCAUAUGGUGGCUCGUGGUAGCACAGUAGGUGCCGAGUUGGGCUGUGGCAUUGUGGCUGCCAAAAAUGGGCAUGGUGGGUGGGGAUGGUCCCUGCCCUGGUCCACUGCAAAGCUGGUGACAGCUCUGCUUGCAUUUCAUCUGGGGAAGAGAAUGGAGUAUGUGGCUGGGACCUUGACUGAAGGGAACCCUGGGUGCUUGGGGUGUGGCGAUCUUCAUGCUGAGUUCCAAAGUGUAGCCCCUCCCAAAGUCAUUUGUGUGAGGCAGAGAAAGCCACACUCUGAACACAUUUCAUGUCUCAGGAAUUCACAUUCCAGAUUCAGGAAUUUUAUUCCAAAGUCCUUUGGUGCACCUACAUCCUUGGUUCUGAAAACAGAGAGGCAGCAGUGUGCCCCAAAGGCCAGCCAAGGUCUCUCCUUGGGAGGAGCGAGGCGUCUCCUUGUGAUCUACCCACAGAGUCACAGAAGGAGGCUUUCUAACUCCGCCACUGUCUGCACAUAGGAAGGCUAAAAAGGACUCUAAGCCCCGUCAUCUUGGAAUAAAAGACAGAGCUGGUUUGUUUUAGAGCGGGUUGGGGGGUGGGGGAGGGAAAGUGGGCGUAGGCUGUUUCCAAAGAGAGCACUUAAUUUAAUUUUUCCUCUGAAUGACCCAGGGCUGUUCCAUCUGAUAGAUGGAAGGGUAAUGUUGCCUUAAAACAGAAAUAUGCAGGCGUUGGCUAUUUUUGGCAAAUGAACGUGUCUUCAUUCCCAAAGUGGUUCUCCUUUAAUGGCAGGGUGCAGUCCUUCCACAUGGGGCCGAGGCACCUCGCAUGGAUCCCCACCCCCAUAUCAUCUGGAGCGGCAGUUCAUCUCAUCAAGGGGUGGGGGAAGGGAGGAACAUGACUAGAUUCAGUUCCAGUGGGUUCUCAUUAGGUUCCCAUCUCCUCGUCCCAUCACGUCAUAAACAAGGGAUGCCUUCUAAGAUGCAGAGUGUCUUCCCAGCCCAGGUCUGUCGCAGGGUCUUUGAUUUUUUUUUUUUUUUUUUUUUGUUUUGCUUUGUUUUGUUUUGUGGUUAUGGCCAUAUAUUCUGAUUUCAAGUUUGACUGAGGAACCCACAGGGUACCCAGAAAUAAUACUGAAAAAUCAAAUCUUUAUUUUAGAGACGGGAAGCAGAGAUCCCACAAUGAAAGUGCCUGAGUGAAGGGAGAGUUCCCUACAGCAGUGUCUGAAAGGAACUCUGGACUUCAGCCAUCAGGGAGCUGGAGUUUAGUUCAUGUCCCAAAUGAGAAAGUCCAUCUGCAUCAGCCAUAUUAGGGGGCCACUGUCUGUUCCCCAGAUGCCUACUGAAUCCUACAGCCAUACAGAAAACAGCCCUUUCUAAAGGGGGCUUUUGGUUCUCUCUUGAUGGGUGCUACGUAGGGAUGGACAGUGAUGCCCUUGAUGGGGGUGUGGUCCUGGAGGUGCCCACCUGUGUUCUGCCAUGAACAGACCCUACCCACAGGACCUGAGGUGCAAGGACCCCACCUCCAGCCCACCCCAUCUCAACUUUGUUCUGAGGCCAGCAUUGGGACAGGUGCAGGAUUCGCCAGAGUGCAGCCUUCAGGUGCAAAGUCUUGCGCCCUGGUGAUCCCCAGUGAAGGAUGCUUUAGAUGUGGAGUCAGACUCGGGAGGGAAGGUGGCAUUCUGUGGUCCCAAGAGAAAUGUGGCAGAACAGGGCCCAGGGGUUAUCUUUCAAGACUUCUGCCUCCCAGCUCCGCUCCGUCCAGAAGACUGGCCCUUUUCUUGCCAGAAGCAGGCGCUACGAUGGACUGCACGGGGUCAAAGCAUUUCCUAGAGGCUUCAUCUGGGAUCUCCACCAAGCAGGGGCACCAUCCAUGUAAGACAAAUUUGAGCAAUAGCUUGGCCUCGUUUAUCAGCUCCUGGUAAUGAAUGGCUUUGUUUGCAAGGCUACCUAUUUUGACUUCUGACACAUUUUACCAAUUGUUCCCCCUCACACCCCUCCACUUUACAAAAGGCCAUUGGGUCAGUGACAGUGCUAGAAGGUUUAUGUGUAGCGAUGUUGUGACAGUAAGAAAUGCUUUGUAGGUCACCCACAUUUCUUGCUUCUCAAAGUUUCCAUCUCUCAGUGUUGGUGGCCGUAUCUUUCAAAGCUAAAUCCAGAUGUUGACUCACUGUUUUGAAAUCAGGAUGGCACUAGGAAAGAGCCAGGUCCUAUGACUAAUUUUCCUGAUUCUCAGUCUUUGAAGGUUUGUCCUGGACACAUUCCAGAGAAUUUUUGUAACCGAACAUGGAUGCCCAAUCCAGCAUACUACUGAUACAGGCUUGAGCACUGCGGAGGGAGAGGCUCUUCUUGCUGGCCAGCUGACCUCCAGAGAAAGUCAGAGCUCUCCCGGAGGCCCCAGUCCACCAGGGAAGGAAGGCUUGCUUGGUUUGAUCCUCCCCUCCCACUUCCAGGGUUAGUGGACUCUCCGGAACUCUCUCUAGCCCAGUUGUCGGUCAUGUUCUCCCCCUCCCCCAUCUCACACAGCUUUAAAACUUCACUACUUUUAUUUAGAAACAAACAGGAUGGCAGAGAAGACACCUCCCCCACAUUCCUGGGGGUGGGCAGGAAACAGGUCAGGCCCAAGGGUGGGGUUUUCUCCCUACUGUUCCCCCAGUGUGGUACUGCGGGUCCACUGCCUGUGCUCAUUAGUAAGGGACGCCUGUGAGCUGAACACCAGUGGGCCAGGUUGCCCUUCUUAGUACUGAGAACCCAGGAGUGGCCAGGGCUACUUCUCUCGAGAGUCAGACACUGCCUGGUCAUCUGCCCAGUAUCAUACCCAAGUUAAGAUGUCUACCCUAGUACGUGGGUUGGAAGUAUCUCCCUGUUUCCCCACCGCACACUGGAGACCCUGAGUGCCCAGUGUGGAGACACCGUGGACAGUAACACAAGGCUCCCCACUGAGCCACUAUGCAUUGUUGCAUCAGAGCUCCUGUCCCUCCUUGGUGACUGGAAAUCCUUGCUGUGGUUUUGUUGGCUAGACCCAGGUGACUGCUUCCCAUCCAAAGCCAUCAGUGAAACUUCUGUGGGAUCCUUUGCCAAAACCCCAAGGCAAAAUCCAAGGGUCCAAGGCCAUUUCCAUCAAGUUCCCAGUUUCCUUUUCCAUAGGAACUUUUUUUUUUUAACCUAGCUCCCAACAUGCUUCCAAAGGCCAUGUUCUGUCUUUUCCUGGAUCACUACAGUGAAGUAUUACAGUUGUACAGUUCCCAAUCUGGCCUUGGCUUGCUUGGAUAAAACUUUGUUAUGUAUUUUGUAAGGCAUAGAUUCUAUAUUGUAAUGUCCUAUGCAAAAGAAAAAUUAAUGAAAUUGUAAAUUUUAUUGUUUUAACAUGUAUGCAUGUUUAGUGACGUUUACAUUUUGAAAUAAAAUUUAUGAUUCAUUA